UUCCUCCAAAUCUUUUCAAAAUUAAAAGAUACAAAAGUGCUUUUUCUAGAGCUUCAAGGGUCAAUUUCCAUAACAAUGUGUAACUAAAAUAAAGCCAACAAAUGUUCCUCACAUUUUGGGGCAACUAGUAAUAGCCAAUUCCUUAAUGGGUGAACACCCCUUUAGGUUUCUUUGAGAAAAGACUAGCCACCAUGAAUGGUGUACCUCAACUCGAUGCCAAAAUUGGCUUGCACAUCAGGGAGGCAUUGGAACUUCAAUUAGAAAUCCAGAGGCGUCUCCAUGAACAAAUACAGAUUCAGAGAAAUUUGCAGUUGCGAAUCGAAGAGCAAGAAAGGCAGCUCAAGAUGAUUCAUAAUCAGCAAGAAAGCCUAUUGAUCUCUCGUCUUGCCAACCAGGUUUCGAUUGCUGAAGAUAUUAAGGUUUCAAUUGCUGAAAGCUUAGGAAACACUACUCCCUUCCCCUCCAGGAGUACAAGUUAGCUUCUUAAAGAAUUCAACAGUCCUUGAUCCUGGAUAUGAUAUUAUGUGCUGAAUUAUUAGGUGUAAUAGAACUAUGAGAGCCUGCACUACAUGAAAAUUCAGUACUUAAUUGUGUUGGAGAACUUUUGUGGUCAUUUUCCUUUCACUUGAGUUUUGUUGAAUGGUUGAAUGACGUUUUCUGUUGUUUAUUGGUAUAAAAAGCAGCCAAAAUG